UAUUUUGAAAGAAACCGGAUAUACACCUUUUCUUGCGUUAAACUUGACAACAGCUAAGGUUAGUUGACAUGCUAACCCCAAACAAUAUAACGCUAAUCACGAAUGUGUUUGGGACUCUUUGUAGGGGAGCACUAUUCAUCAAAAUUACGAAGUUUUAGUGCUCCUCUUAAUUUCGGCAUAGGACCUCUGGACAGUAGCAACAUGUUUGCUAUGUGCAAGACGAGCAAGCUAACAUGCUAGCAGCGGUAACGGUAUUUUGGGUUCACUGAUGUUUUAAUAGUCUGCAGCUGGCUUCUGGCUUCUGGCUAACGUUAGUUGGAAUUGCACACUGAACAAGCUAACGAUGACCGGUGGCUCAACCAUAGACCGUAUAUAACGCUCAACGCCUGAAUAUGUGCAUGACGUUAGACUUUCUGGAGCCGGGGAUUUAAAGAAUAAGUAAAGAGGCGUGGAAAGUAAGUUACCAGGGAUGUAAUUUCGAGCACGGGCUCCUAGCGUUAUUUACAACUGGAUAACGUUAUAUGUAUAGGGCGACGCUUGUUUGCUCCGUGGAAUGACGACGUUUGCUUCGUUCGGCUGCCUCAAACACGGGCGUCGGUGAUGCUGUCGACCGCUGGCCAAAUGCCCCGCUCGUCCGAAUUGGGACAGAGCACCCAAACUUCAUUAUAAACCAUGACGAGCUGCGAGUAUCAACAAAUCGACCCCCAGGCACUUCCGACGCCUACCCCGGCCCCUCCACCUCAUCACGGAAACGACCGUGACAAGAGAGAGGAGCCGAAAAGACCGAGGAGAAAGUGGCAAGUUUUCCCCGGAAAGAAUCGUUUCUACUGCGAUGGACGGAUCAUGGUGGCCCGGCAGAGUGGGGUCUUGCCCCUCACUCUGGGCCUUAUUGUCAUCACAAGUGGAUUAUUCUUUAUAUUUGACUGUCCCUUCCUGGUCAAACACCUGACCAGCUGCAUACCGGUUAUCGGAGGAGGCCUCUUUGUAUUUGUGGUCAUCACCUUGCUCCAGACCAGCCUCACUGACCCCGGCAUCCUGCCCAGAGCAACGCCAGAUGAGGCUGCAGACAUUGAGAAGCAGAUUGACAACACAGGAAAUGCCAGCUAUCGGCCUCCGCCGCGCACCAAGGAAGUCCUCAUCAACCAGCAGGUGGUGAAGCUCAAGUACUGCUUCUCCUGCAAGAUGUUCCGGCCUCCGCGCACCUCCCACUGCAGCCUGUGUGACAACUGUGUGGAGCGAUUCGACCAUCACUGCCCCUGGGUGGGGAACUGUGUGGGAAAACGCAACUACCGGUUCUUCUACACCUUCAUCGUGUCGCUCUCCUUCCUGACGGCGUUCAUCUUCGGCUGUGUGACCACACAUCUAGCCCUGAGGGCUCAAGGUGGAAAAGGCCUGGUGUUUGCUCUGCAAGAGAGUCCGGGCAGUGCAGUGGAGCUGGUGAUAUGUUUCUUCUCAGUCUGGUCUAUCUUGGGCCUCUCAGGCUUCCAUACGUACCUGGUUGCUUCCAACCUCACCACUAAUGAAGACAUUAAAGGCUCCUGGUCAGGGAAGAGUGGAGAAGGUGUCACCAACCCAUACAGCCAUAAAAACAUAUUCAUCAACUGUUGCUCUGUGCUCUGUGGACCCAUGCCACCCAGCUUGAUCGACAGACGGGGUUUCCUGCCCACAGAUGAAUCUGUCCAGACAGCCGGCGCGGGCAUCGAGCUGCCCCCUCUGGCCGCUAAAAGCGAGAUAAACGUGGGAACUAAAGGUCUGAUGGAGUCGGCCGCUCUCCCUCCGCUCCUGUCCACCUCGUGUCCUCAGAUGAAACCUCAGACAGCUUAUACCUGCCCAGACAGCAGCCCCGCGGUGAACUCUGACCCCUCCCCGCAGCUCUCCACCAGCUGCGGGGCCCGCCAUACCGCCAGCUCCCAGGGCGAUGCCUCUCCACCACGUCACGCCAAGACUCGGUCAAAGAAACGCAAACUAGCGGCUCUGCAUAUUCCCAACCCUUCCUUUGACGUUCCUGUCUCCCCGACGUCUCCGGACGCCGGGCCCAGCUCCAAAGCCAGUGGCAGCUUCACCCCUUUGCGCUGACUGAAAUGACGGCUUUCCAAAGUGAAAAACACACUUUGUGUGAAGCUUGCAUGCUCGCACACAGUCAGACGCACACGGUAUGAUGUCAAAAAUCGUUAUUAAGUGUCGGUUCCCUGAAAGCUCCAGGUCUAGUCAUUGUGUUUUAGGAUGAGCGUCACAAAGAUACGCAUUUGUGUUUGUAGUGGAAAUAGGAGCAUCUAUUCUGGCUGUAAAGGGUGCAACUUUGGUGUAGAAUGACACGCACACGAAAAUAUUUGUAAGAUUGAGGAACUGAUGUACUGAUAGAGCCAUAUGCCUUCCUGAUGAUUCUCAUGUCAAACAUGAAUUUUGCCAGCAUGUCCGAACCUGCAAAUAGUGUAAAAAUAAUGGCUUUGAUGCAUCAGGUGGAAAAACUGCAGGAGCUUGAAAAGCUUUGUAUGGUCUUAAAGGGAUUGUCCACCCCAAAUAUAGAAUUCACACAUGUCCUUCCUCUAACAUUGUGCGGCUCAGUUUAGUAGUGUGAACUUGAGCUAGUUACUCCUUAAGUUGAACAGCAGAGAGACAGUUUGUACCGAUGAUGUCAUCUUGAGACAUAUAGUCUAGUCGGUGUAAAUUGGACUCUGACAGCAGCCAUGGAGCGUUUUCAAGGAUAUGAGUACAUUUUGCCAUUCAUAUCUAAAAGCUCUGCGUUCAAAUCAAACUCCUUUGGAUGUACAGAUGGGUGACAUAUUAAAGCUAUGUUGCCCUGGGCCCCUUUAGCAGGUUGAUCUGGCCCUGGGCAGAGAACACUGUCUACCCAUAGACUGUAUAUAAAGAUGGAUGGUGUGUCUCCACUUCCUCCCACUGUACAAAAGUGAAGCCAUAACACGGGGAUACAGGCGCUGCCAUCUUGUAAUUUUGGAGCCAGAGUCUGCGCAGUAGUGAUCGGGCGGUGGAGCCGCUGUAUCAAAGUCCUGCCCGUUCUAUCAUAUCACCAUACUAUCCAUUGUUCUGAAAGAACAGCUAAGCAAUAAUCACAUGUAGGCUAGCUCGGCCAAUCAUUUAGUUGCUUUUGCUAUUUUUCUAUAGAUACAUUAAGCUUAAACAGAGGGGGCAAAAAUACAUUAAGCCCCAUUAAAGGUCCCAUAUUGUGUUCAUUUCCAGGUUCGUACUUGUAUUUUGAGUUUCUGCUAGAACAUGUUUACAUGCUUUAAUGUUCAAAAAACAAUUCUUUUUCCUCAUAUUGUCUGUCUGAAUAUACAUAUGUAUUCACACUCUGUCUGAAACGCUCUGCUUUAGCGUCUGUCUCUUUAAGGCCCCCUCCCGAAAAAGCCCAGUCUGCUCUGAUUGGUCAGCGUUUCUGGGUCUUCCGCAUGAACACUCUAGGUGUCUCUGCACCGUCAUUGCAGCCGGGGAAUGACUGUAACGGUACUGUAGCGGCACUUUCUACCUAUAUAUAGUAUAGUUGUGACAUCACAACCGUACAGACAAUCGCAAUCCGUUCUCUUUGGAUUGAGGGUUAUGAUACUUUCACUGUAUUUAUAUAGCACCUUAACUUGCAUUAUAAUAAAAAAAGACAUGGAAAUCUCACUUUUUACAAUAUGGGACCUUUAAUACUCCUUUGGUUCUAGUAACUGUGAAGUCCAAAGCAUUGCAUAGAUUCACGUAAUUUUCAAGCCCCGGCUUUUGUUCUUUUUCUUCACACAUUUAUUCAGGUUUUCCUUUUUCACCCAUCUAAAAUAAUAACAAAGGUAUACAGAUCUAUUGACUUCAGUAAGUUAUUCAGCAUGAAUGGGCCCACCCUAAAUACGGUCAUGAGAUGUCGUUAUCUUUCUUUGCUUAAAGGUGUUAAACUAAAUGUUAAACUUGCACAUGUGAAUUCUGAUUUUGUGUGGAUUUUCCCUUUAAUUUAGCACAAACAGCCCCGUGUGUAUCGGUUGUAUCGGUGUGUACUGUUGUUCAGAUUAACGUGCUGUAAAAAUGGCAGCGAAUGCAACUGCAUGAUAAUGACUAGGGACAUAUUUUCUUUUCGUUUAUUGAAUUCAGACGUCACUUUGUACACCGUAGAGGUCGUUUGCCACUUUUUGUAGGAAAGCUGUGAUUUAGAUUUCCUGAAAACAAUCGUGUUCAUUGCCUCCUGCUUGAGUUAUCAUUAAUAUCACACAAUGAUUCAAGCUUCCACUUCCUGCUCCCACUUUGUAUCUGCAACAGCAAUACCUGGGGCACGUUCAAUCUCAAAAACGUUUUUGCUACGGUUUUCUGGUUGAACGACAUGUUUCCUCGACUCGGUGUUCGGCGGCUUUGAGAUAUGUUUUCUCUCGUUUGGUGGGUGUGUCUCUUGUUUAUUGGCUGUGUCCCAGGUGAUAACCAAUCAGCAGAGACUUGUCUGUAAACUCGUGGUUAUAAAAAGGCAGAGCGCUUGCGCACACAACGGGGUGUUUUAACGCACCCCUGUUUCAGUUUAGAAAAACCUGUUGCUACGUUUUGUCGGGGCUGAACGUGGCCCUCUUCUCUACUCCUUCAAAUUGUUGGUAACACUUUACUUGAAGGUACCUACAUAAGAGUGACAUGACACUGCCAUGACAC